AUGAAUGCCAAAAUCAAACUCCCGCUGAAAAUAUGUUGCCCAAUCUUUGUCGUCUUGGUCCUAAUUUUGUCGGUUUUUUUAUUAGUUCGAUUCAGUUUUCCCAAGAAUGAAUUUGAAUUAUCUGAUAGCCAGAAAGUAGAGAUUUAUGAGCGGAUGAUAGCUUCUUUACGUGAGGAAAACUCGGAUUAUUGUGGAGAGAGUAUGAAUUACUGUAAACGUCCCGAGACACGUCACAUCCAAUGUGGAGAAGUUUUGAAAAGAGAUAAGACUUAUUUAUCUUCCAUCAUCGAAGACAAUCGUAUUCCAUUAAUCCGAAAUCCAUCUCUCAACAUGUCAUGUCCGGAAAUCUCCAAAAGAAUACGUCCUAAGUACAAUAUGAGUUCUCUGAAACUAGGAGGAGUGGCUUUUGCUCGGAACGUGUUCACUGAUUAUGAGCUGAUUGAGAAGCAAGUUCAGAUGACAUGGCAUCCGGAUAAUCGAUAUUGUUUUGUGGUGGAUAAGAAUGCAAAAGAUGAUUUCAAGCGAAGGAUCGAGCAGCUAGUUGGGUGUUUUGAAGAUCAGAUGGUUAUGCCUGUGACUCUCUUCAUGGAUAGUGCUGGUCACAACCAAAAUCUGGCUCACACGAAAUGUAUGAAAGCUCUGCUACAGUAUCCCAACUGGGGCUAUGCGAUGCUGCUUCAAAAUCAUGAUUUCAUAACGAAAACAGUCUAUGAGUUGGAUAGAAUCUUCGAUCUAAUGGGUGGAGUCAUUGAUGUUAAAACUGGGGGAGUAAUAUGGGAGAGGGAUAUGAAACAUUUGAAAUGGGACCCAAAAUCAUUGAAGCUGUUCAGAAAUGAAUCUGCGGUCCCGGAAGAUGUUCUCAAAACUUCUCUCACAUUUGCAUGUGGUUCAGUCCAGGCUUCUUUAUCUCGUGAGACUGUUCGUUGGCUCAUAGAAACCGCAGAUUUGACUAGAUUCAUUGACCAACAGAAUCAAAUUGUAUUCGGUGGUGACGAACAAAUGAUUUCGACUUUUCAAAUAAACUCUCAACUCGGAAUUCCCGGACACUUCACCAAAGAUUGCUUGGAACAAGGAGUUUCCGUUGAACAGGUCACCAGACUUGUCCACUGGUCUUCAACGGGGCACGCGAAUUGUGUCACCAAAAUUUCUCGCCACGGAGUUUGUCUUUUUGGAAUUGAGGAUUUGAUACCUAUGGCAGAACUUCCGCAUUUAUCAUUCAAUAAGGUAUAUCCAAAAUUCGACUGGUCAAUCAUAGAUUGUGCUGCUGAAUUGGUGUUCAAUCGAACAUUUUUAGGACAAGAUAAUCAACAUUUUGAUGAGGAUUAUUACAGUAACUUGGUCACGGUUCAAUACCAUAAGAACCACAAAAAACCAGGAUACAAAUUGAAUUGCAUAUCGAAUCAAAAGCCACGGAGGUAUGAAGAUUAUAUAGGAUCAUGA